AUGAAGACAGUGUGUGUGAAACCUCAAGCGUCGUCGCCGUGUGAGACUCCGCAUUUAUCCAAUAAAGUAGCCCGGCGGGAGGGCGUUUCGCCAAAAACCAGGUGUUCCACUGAAAACCCCAUCAUCGAUGGCUACUAUCCAGCCUUGACUGUAGUGUCUUUGCAGGAUAGAGGAAAACUACUUGGCAAGCAGAAGACAUACGCAGCAGAAGUCCUCACUGUGCACCCAGUUGACCAUGAGAGUGGCAAAUUGGGAUUGAGACCAGUGUCUGCUAAUCUUCUGCCGUUUCCCGCCAACUCUUUGGCAAAGCCAGCAAGGCCCAAAAUGGACACUUGCCAGCUUUGCCUGCUACUGCAAGGAUCUCCUGAGGGAUCUGCCUAG